UGCAUCCCAAAAAGUGGCGACUCCCCAUCUGGAAGAGAAAGGGGAGGGAUGGUGGGGCCGGAGCGGCCGUCGUUCGUUCUCUUCGGUUCCUCGAUCGUCCAGUACAGCUUCAGCAACGAGGGAUGGGGAGGUAUCCUCGCCGACAUCUACGCCCGCAAGGCUGAUAUUUUGCUGCGAGGAUAUGCUGGUUGGAACUCUAGACGUGCUCUCCAAGUGAUUGACAAAAUCUUUCCCAAGGAUGCAGCCGUGCACCCUUCAUUGGUAAUAGUUUACUUUGGCGGCAAUGACUCAAUGGGACCUCAUCCAUCUGGCCUAGGUCCUCAUGUACCACUUCCAGAAUAUAUCGAAAACAUGAGUAGGAUUGCGAAACACCUCAAGAGUCUAUCUGAAAAAACACGCAUUAUUUUCCUCAGUUGCCCUCCUAUGAGUGAGGAAAUGCUUCGCCAGUCAACAAGUCCCAUUCUAAGAGAACUAGCGCGGAAAAAUGAGACCUGCCGAGAAUAUUCUGAAGCUUGUAUACAAGUGUGUAAAGAUAUGGACCUGAAGGUUAUUGAUCUUUGGACUGCCAUGCAGAAGCGGGAUGACUGGGCUACUGUCUGCUUUACUGAUGGCAUUCACUUUUCCCCUGAAGGAAGCAAGAUAGUAGCCGCAGAGAUACUGAAGGUCCUCAAAGAAGCUGAGUGGGAGCCUUCACUACACUGGACAUCCUUGCCAACUGAGUUUGGGGAGGAUUCACCUUACAAUCCUGUAACUGCUGAUGGAACAUCCACCAUCAACCCUUCUGAGUGGACAUUUUACCGGAAAAUACAAUGGGACUAAGGUAUUCUGUUGGUACUCAACCAAUUUGGCGUUGAUGUGUGGUUAUUAUGUAAGAUCUCAUUGAGUGGUAGAAAGCACACCAGGCAAUUGUUAUUCCCUUGGAGCUCUUCUAGCCUAAUAUGGUAUUUGUUGUAGUGCUUGAGCCAGGGAUAUUUGACGGACAUGAAUAAUAUUUCUCCAGGCUGAACUUAACAUUCUUGCAAUGUCACUAAUUGCUAUCUAUUACUUCCUGCAUCUCAAUUGUGUAAUGAUUGUCACUUGCAUUCUGUUCUUGCAAGAUCAAGAUACUGAGAAAAAUGUACUCUCAUUCUGUUCUUUCGCCAA